CCGUCAAUGAUUUCUUAAAUAAAUAGGCUGCUCCAGCUCCUUGGUCAUCUUGCUGUUAGAUUCUGCACAAAGGGCUCAAAAGACAGCGAUCAAAGUCCACGUUUAUUAACCUAAAAAUACAGGAAGCUGAGCUCGCACGUAUACUACAGUGGUAAAGAAACACGGAGAGCAUUAAGGGGUUUUAUUUUUCCCACCUUUCUCUGAUGACAGUUUUGAGCACAGAUACAGAUAUGAUGCCUUUAUUCUUUGGCUUGUGCUUGUGUUACAUCAGUGGAGCGCAGAACGUUUACAGAGCAGUUUCAAUACCAGACCAGGCUUAUUUUGCCGAGACGUUUGAUGAAGGUGCGCUGGACAGAAAAUGGGUUUUGUCCAAAGCAGUGGUGAAGCAUCUCCGUUAUAAUGGGGAGUGGGCUGUAGAAGAGUCCAUUCAACCAAGGCUGUUGGGAAACAAAGGCCUGGUCCUCAAGUCUCCUGGCAGACAUCAUGCCAUAUCUGCAUACUUGCGGAAUAUCUAUCACUUUAAAGACAAACCUCUUAUCUUACAGUAUGAAGUUUCCUUCCAAAAGGGGAUUGACUGUGGUGGAGCCUACAUCAAGUUGCUUUCACAGUCAGAUGACCUGCGUUUGAGCCAGUUCAGUGAUGCCACUCCAUACACAAUUAUGUUUGGUCCAGACAAAUGCAGCAGCAAUCACAAAAUACAUUUCAUCUUUAGUCAUCAUAAUCCCAUCACAAGGACAUAUGAAGAAAAACAUGCUCGCCAACCAGAAAUGGACCUUAGUGACUAUUUUACUGACCAGCAGGCGCAUCUCUACACUUUGAACUUAUAUCCUGACAACACAUUUGAGAUCCUCGUUGACCUGACGCUGAUUAAUAAGGGCAGUCUUUUGGAAGAUAUGGACACACCAGUGGCGUCUUCUGACCAAAAACAAGAACAUUUAACAAAUGAAGCCUCUGAUCUAAACUUGGAGCAACAUAUGAGGUCAGAUGGUGUGGACAGACAAAGAAACGAUUGCACUGAAGCUUCAGUUUGUGAGGGCUCUUCUCGUCCAGCAAGUUCAGGCUCUAACAAUCCGAAGAACCAACCCAGCACAAACACUAAUGAUAAGGACAACAAAGGAAAGCAGCAGUUCACAAUGAGUCCCAUUGCGGCUGUGGGUUUUGAGCUUUGGUCCCUUACUGGAGAUGUGAUGUUUGAUAAUAUCUUGCUUUGUGAUGAUCUGGAAGUAGCCAGACGGUGGACAGAAGACACAUGGGGCCAGAGACAGACACCCGGAAUGAUUGAAAAGCUGUUGAUGGCGACCGUCAAGCGGCCUUGGCUCUGGGGGGUCUAUGUCUUCACCGUGGGCCUUCCCAUCAUCCUCUUCGUUAGCUUAAUGUGGCCUGAUAAGCGGUUUGGACCACCAGAUCAAGACUAUUACUAUAAAAAAACAGACGAGCCCCAGACAGAUGGACCUCAGGAUGUGGAGGAGCACGUCACUCAUGAUCACGGUGAAAAUCAAAGAGUCGAAACUAAAAGCAGAGUGGUGAAGAGGGCUCCAAAAAACACAGAAGUAACAAGUUAAUAGUACACUCUGUCACAGAUUUCAGCAGAUAUUUCAUCAUCGACUGUCAACUGAUUAAAUAGUAUGAAAUGCUGACGUUCUCAUAUCAGAUACUCACGGAGCCCUUGAUGAAUCAUUCAGGUCUCAUUUUAUGUGGAGGAGCAGUGAUUGUUUCAUCACUCAACUCUCCAGUAGGUAGAUAGAAAUAAAAAUAUUCUCUGAAGUGAAAUGAUCCUCGUUACAGAACAUUAGUUAUGAUUUUCAAUCAUUAUUAAAGGAGUUUUUUCCUAACCAUCCGCAACAGCGACCCCUAGGGGUGUAACGUACGAACUGAUCAUGUCCCACAGUUUGGAAUGCACGUGACCUGCGGAUUAAAAACUGUUUUUUAAAUUGUAGAUUCUUCCAAGAGAUUGCCUGCCGCAUCAUUCAAAUCACAUGUAUGAAAGAAUUUUGGCUUUUUUGUAAAAUAUAAUGAGGUCGGAAGAAGCUGUGGUAGGACCUAAAUGCUGUCUUAGGUUAUUAAAGUUAUUUUCUGUCAA